GUGCGUGGAUGUAGGCGUUUGACCUUGCUGGACGUUCUUGCGGACCCCUCUCCUGAUGGUGUCAACCUGUUGAUCACUGAUGCUUCCGCAGUGGUGGCUCAUGGACUUAGGAGCUCCUUCAGCAGUUUGAUCCACCGUUUUCCAUUAUGUCAGGAUUCAGUUGCCAGCCAUAUUCAUCAGGAGGUGCACAGCUGGGCUCAGGCUGGAUUCACCGAUGCCUUGAUCCGCCAACGAGGCAUCUAUGCUCAGGUCUUCCAGCAGCAGACACCAGAUGGGACGGUUUCAUAUCGCCAUGUGCACCCGGUCGAAUUGGCCUUGCUGAACGGAAUGAUUCCACCACAUGCCUGGUUGGAGGGAGGUCCCAUCGAUCUGAGGUUGUGUUUGUGUGCAGUAGGCCAACUAGCCUCGCCUUUGCAAGCCAUUUGGGUCGGGGGUUGUGCCAUAACUCACAUGCAACAUGCAUUUGGCAUGCCAGUGAUCAAUCCUGCAGAGGUCCUUGCCACUUAUCGCAGGAAGUUGUUUCAGGUUGCCCAAGACCUUUUUCAUGUCAGUCUGCCUGCAUCGGUGGCUUUGAGCAAAGUAGAAAUUCACCAUCCCGAUGGCACUGUGGUUCAUGUCCAGGUUUCCGAAUCCACAACGCUAUCAGAGUUGCACAGGGCUGAGGUCGCUCUGACCAAACAAGACAUCCAGGGUCUCUGGUGUGAUGCCCACUCUGGUGAUUGCAUUGCCGAACAAGCACUGGUUGCAGGACGUUGCAUCCGAAUCCUUCCACAGGGACCAGAUCCGAGAUCGUCAUCUUCGGCUGACGCUGUUCCUUUUGAUUUGACAGAUGAUCUACUUGAUGCCAUUCCUUUGGAUUUUUCUGAUUUGGACGUGUUCAGCCAUGCUCCCGAAACAUCCGAGGCAGGGCUAGGUCUGCAUGUAGGUGAUGAUUCUCGGCAUGCCGUAGCUCCUGAUGCAUCCGAGGCUGGGUUGCCGGGUGUUUCUGAACACACCCCGAUUUGCCGCAUGACUGCAUCCGUUGCAUCCGAGGCAGGGGCGUCUGGUGUUGGUAUGUGUCCCUGUCCUGAACCAGCCUAUGCCAGAGUUGAGCACCCUGCUCUGCCGACCCCAUGUGAUGUGUUUAGAGCCGAUGUUGCCACAAGCUUACCCACUGACGCACUCCUGGGCUUGCGAAGUCUCACUGGAGAACACAUGGCCACCUUGAUUUUGCCGAUUGUCCGUGAUGGGCCCACAUGCCUGCACAUGCGUCAGCAAGCUGUGACAAGCAGCACCAGACUUGACUUGCUCCAUAAACAGCACAAAGCCAUGAGAGAUGAUGAGAUCAACUUGCAUGCUCAUGCAUGCCUUGCCAUUGCCAAUGACCCCAGCAUUGCGUAUCUAGAUCCGCUCCUAGCAUCAUCCUGGCUCAAGUUAGGUGUUGUUGCUGAGGUUCAAAACUGGCUUGCGCAGUAUCCCGAUGCCAAAAGGGUUGCCACUGUUGUGCACUUCCAAGAUCAUUGGAUGCCUGUGGUUUGGACCAAAGGCCUCACUGAAGUCCAAGUGUCAAUGUGGGAACAUGAUGACAUGGACAUUAGUGGUUUGUUCCCCUUGCAUGGUCUUGUAAGCCAAGCCUGGCAGCUGCCUCGUUUUGCCCUUGCUUGCACCAGGCGAUCGUUUGGCAGAGACUACUGUGGCACUGCUGCCGUUGCUCAUCUUGCUAGUCAACUGAUUGAUGCAGCGGUGCCACAGACUGAUGAACAACUGAAGGACUUGCACAGAGCUCUUCGUGCCACCUUUGCUGAAGCUGUUCACAAUUUGGGUGAAGUACCGAAACCGUGGUGUUGGGGAUUGGGAGUGCCAGCUUUAGAUGGCUCCCCACCUGAGCCUUCCCAUGUCGAGCAUGCAUCAUCUUCUUUGAAUUGCCCUGACGUAGAAGUGAUUUACCCUGAGUUGACGCAAUAUGAAGCCUUGUCUGCAGUGACUUGUGUUCAUGCCAGCAGUGCAGGCGUCCCAACAUCCGAGGCUGGGGCGUCUGUGUUAGAAGUAGGUUGGUGUCCUGUCCCGGUUUAUGACAAAGUCGAGUGCAAAGGUCUCUCACCCAUUACCGUUGCUCCAGCUGCUGCCGCCGCUGACCCGCCGAGAGAUGGGUGCGAGGAUUGUCCAUCCCCUUUGAGAAGCUGUACGUCCCAUACUUUGCCAAACAUGCCUCCAGCCAGCGAUCCCUGUGCAUGCCAGUGCCUGCACUUUCAAGCAGUACCCAGUCAUGAGCGACUUGAAUUGCUGAACAUGCAGCAAACAGCCAUGGGUGAUGAUGAGAUCCAUUUCCAUGCUAGUGCCUGCCUUGACGGGGUUUGCACCCCGCAUGAUGCUUAUCUUGACCCGCUGAUUGCGUCUGCUUGGGUGCGAAGUGGAAAUGUUGCUGAGGCUCAGACCUGGCUUGAACAACAUCCUGAGGUCACGCGAGUUGCCACGGUGGUGCAUCUCCACGAGCAUUGGAUUCCUAUGGUCUGGACCAAAGGCACCAAUGAUGUUCAAGUCUCCAUGUGGGAACAUGAUGCCAUUGACAUCCGAGGACUGCUCCGUUUGCAUGAUCUUAUGUGCCGUGCAUGGAAGAAGCCUCCAGGAGCCAUUGAUUGCCAAAGAAGGUCUUUUGGUCAUGCACACUGCGGUGCUGCUGCGGUAGCCUUCUUAGCCCACAAAUUGUUGCACACCAGCCUGCCGAACACGGCUGCACAACUGAGUGACUUUCAUGAGAAGCUCCGCACCGACUUUGCUGCUGCCAUCUAUGACCAGGUCUCCGUGCCUAUGCCUAGGUGUUGGGGCUGGGGAGCGCCUGAUGUUCAUAGCAUCACUGCAGAGCUUCUGCAAAAACAUGGAGUUCCCCACCAGUUAGCUAUGUCCAGAGCCAAGUUGAUUGUCCAAAGCAUUGGUAAGCAAGAUGUCCAAAAAGCUGUCACCGGUGUUUCACCCUGGAAGUCAUUGAAAGCAUUGGCCAACCAACAAAAGCCGGUUCUUCAGUUGGUGUUGCCUGAUGAAGUAGCCCAAAAGCCGCUUGCUAAGCAACCUGCUGCCAAAGGCUCCAAGCAGGCCAAACCGAUGACCAUGAUGCCCACACGCCCUGCAGACCUCGACCCCACCAAGCUGUUGCUGGAUGCAGGUGCAUUCCGUACUGGAGAAGAUGAGCCAUUGAAUCAGAUCCCAUCUGCCUCUUUAGGCCCCCUGGCUAAGGGUGUUGCUCUGAUGACGUUUGCAGAAGCUCAACCUUUCCUGCAGGCAGGCAAAAUCCUGACGCAUCAGGGUUUGGCAGUGAUUGUGACCAAUCCCCCCGCUGAAGUGCACACAGCCUUGCAAUGGUCCACCUUGCGAUUUGCCGUCCGCUGUGCCGUCAAUCAAGAACCAAUGCUGAUGACAGGUCUCUUAGUGCAACUUGGACACCAGGUGGUAUAUCAGUUCAAAGCCAAAGAUGCCUUAGCUGUACCCAAUGUUGAAGUUGCCUGCGCCCGAGUCACUGUCUUUCAAGACCAGCUUGACGCUCCAUGGGAGGAUUUCACGGUCAAACCCGUGAAGCACAUCCUUAGUGCACUGCCAUGCCUUCAGACGUGCCGCAAAGCUGACUGCACCUGCCCGCUCUGGCAUCCCCCGCCGGACCUGCCACAUGAAGCUCUGUUGGAUGUGUUCAAACGCCAGUAUUUCAACGAUGCGGGCCGGCCUGUGAAGUGGGAUAAGGCAUCUCACUUUGCUGUUAUGUUCCGAUAUGCCAAAGUCCUGGAAGGAGCUGUGUUGAGUGCAAGUGGCCUCAAAGGCCUUUAUGUGGAGCCCAAGACUGAGGAUGCAAUGAAGCCACAUCCUGAUUACCAGGUAGUCUGGUUGCCGCAACUCGACUAUGCAGCCGUUGCUCACUGGGCCAAAUGUGAGAUGCACUGCCUUGGCAUCGCUCGUGCGGGCAAGAGAUUUGGCAUUCGGGUCCAUGUGUCGCACUUUGCCGAAGUGUUUGCAAGCGUCAAACCUGAUGCAGUGUAUCUAGCCCCUGGCAGCCGGCUCACCUUUCAUUGUGGGCCUUGGCCUUAUGGCAGUGAUAGGAAAACACUGGCUCGCAUCCUCAAAGCCACCGGAUGGGAAUGCCGCCCAUUGCAACCUUUGCAUGGAGUUCCCGGGGGAUUGAUGUGGGCCAUCCAGGCCGUUGCUGCUCCACCAUCCAAUGUGCUGACCUUGUCGCAUGGCCAAGUGGUGAUCACUGGUCAAGAUACAAAGCCAGUUGCUCCUGACUCAGAUCAGGUGGUUGGGCCUGCCCAAACGGUCCAGUUAUGCAUGGCUGCGGAGACCAACCAGGACCCAUGGCUAACGCAUGAUCCAUGGCAGAAAGCCACGGCGUCUGUCCCGCCGAUGCCACUGGCUCCAUCCACAGCCAGUGCCUUGCAGGAGAUGGAAGACCGCCUGGAACAGAACAUCAUGGCGAAGUUGCCAGUGCAUCAUGAAAUGGAGGUGGACGACCAGGAUCAUCGCCUCCAACAACUGGAAUUGCAAUUCCAGCAACUUGCCAGCCGGCAGACUGCCUUGGAAUCAACGGUGAAUGAGCACCAUGUUCAGAGCACGGCCCAGGUGCAGACGCUCCAGCAACAGAUGAUGUGCCAAUUGGACAUGCAAUCCAAACAAAUGCAGACAAUGUUGACGGAUCAGAUGUCACGCAUUGAGCACAUCCUUGCCAAGAAACCCAGAACUGAGUGA